AUUCAUUGUUCUCGGUAAACCUUCAAAAGCUAUACCAAUCAGUUCGAGAAGUUUCAUCAACUAUUCAAGUUCCAUGAAAAUGGGAUAUGGAAGUUUAAAUGACCCUCAAUACAACCCAGAAAAUGCUAGUCUGUAAUAACGUCCGUUCGGAUGGUUUCCCUGUCGACUUUGUUUUCAGUAAGAAUGAGAAAGCAAAAGACAAGAAAGCCAUCGAAGACCAUCGGUUGACUCUGGAAGACUUUAAAUAUGCCGAAAUUGAGGCUG